CACUUUAUGCGUUUUAAAAAGCAGGCAUAGUGUUUUUCUCCGUUGCCUCUCGGCGUUUCCCUCAAACUAUUUCUUACUAGGUUAGUCUCCAGACAUGCUUGGACCUCCACGCUAGUAAAGAUGCACGCCACACGAAGCCCCUCCUCCAUCUCGGCCACGCCCCCCGCAGGCGCCUUGGACCUCAGCUUGUCCGGCUCCCGACUCGCCAUCAGCAGAAGACCCGGCAGCGCCUCGCCCGGGAAGUACUUGGCCCGCUCCGUGUCCGUGUCUGUGGCCAGCGAGGGCCGAGGGAAGGCCAACACUCAGAGCGAUGCCUUCGGUAGUUUGCGCUCUGUCAAGAACCUGAGGCGAUCCAACAGCACCACUCUAGUCAACCAGCACACCCAUGCUGCUCUCAGUCCGGACCAGAAUGGCGACUACCUGACCCUGCUGGACUACGGCGCCGACAGCCCAAAGAAGGUGGGCGGCCUCGGCAAGGCGUCGCCAGACAGAACCACAUGGAACAUUCUGGAUGACCAGCCUCGAGCGACACCCCCGCUCUUAGGCGCCCGCGGCAGCGCCGACUCGCCCACCGGCCUGAAGAGAAGAGACGCCUCUGUGGCGGCCACCUUCACCGCCAACAACAGGAGCAACAAGGGCGCUGUGGGGAACUCCGUCACCACCAUCUUGCACAACAACCACGCGGAGAAGCCGCUCACGCCUAAAAGCUCCAACCAGAGGCCGGCCUUCAGCAACAUCCUGAAAGCCACGGCCAACGAUGACGUGUCUCUGGAGAACAGCUCGCUCACCAAAUCCCAGAAGAACUUCUCCGCUUCCUCCAACAACAGAAGUCCGGCCCAGCGAGGCAGUCCUGUCACGCCGCGCCGCAGCGAGGUGACGGAGGAAGAGGCGGAAAGGUUCAUCCAGCAGGUGAACCAGGCCGCCGUCACCAUCCAGCGGUGGUACAGACGUCACACCAGGAGGCGCCUCGCCAACCAGGCGGCGCUCAGACACGUGCUGGACUGCAAGAGGAAGGAGUGGCAGAAGCGAGCGGAGGGUCACCUGGAGCCGCCCAGGGACGACCGGAAACGGAUCCGUGACGAAAAAGCCCGGCAGGCGCGCCUCGCCGCCAUCCAGGAGCUGCAGCUGAAACGAGCCCAGCAGCAGGGCGCACAGUCCGACCUGGAAAAUGGAAGGCAAGGCGCCGUCGCCGGAUGUAAGAAGCCGCCAAAGAUUUACCCCGGCAACCCGAGUCCAAACUCACCUGGCAACUUCGGCCCCAUGUCCCCGACAGACUGCAAAGCCAACAACACAGACUUCCAUCUGAGUGUUGAAGCCGACGUGAGUGAACUCAGCUUCAGAGCAGCGUCUCCGGCUGUGUCCAAUCACAGAGCCUCGCCAUGUUUCCAGGAGCGCGUCACGGAGGACGAUGAGCAACAUCAGGACAGGAAGUUGACGCGUCAGGCGAGAAGUCGCUUGUCUCGCCUCGCCAUCACCAGCACCAGCGCUUGUGAUGAGCUGCAGGAGGCAGAGCUGGAAAAGCGAAGGUCGGCUGGAAGCAAGACCAUGUCACUGAGCAACAGGAGUCCAUCUUCACCCAGAAACAUCAGCCCCACGGACGUCAAAGCCCAGAACACAGAGUCCAAUCUGAACAUUCCCACCGACUUAGGCGAGCUGUCCUGCUUCAGAGCCGUCUCGCCGUCGUCCAAUCGCAGAGGUUCUCAGUGCUCCCAGGAGCCUCCUCGCACCUCCUGGAGUGCGGAGGAGCAGCGGCGAGCCGCCUCAUCCGGCGUGGCGUCCAAGUCUGCUCUCAACGACCUGCUGGACACGCUGAAGCUGCUGGAGCAGGAGCCUGAGCCCAAAUGUUACCGCAAAGAAAAGUACGCUUGGAUGGACUCCCAGGACGGCGACGCCGACUCUCUGACCGCGGACAACCUGGAGCGUCACGGCCAGCUCAGCCUGCCGCCGCCGGACGGUGCGGCGCUGCUGACCGAGGCCAAGCUGCAGAGCAUCAUGAGCUUCUUGGACGAGAUGGAAAAGUCGGAGCAGGAGCGACCACGCUCUGCCACCUCGGGCUCGCAUCGAGAGGCCGUCUUGGUGGAGGAGGAGCUCGCUGUGAUGGACCAGGUGUCUGCCACCGCCGCCGAAGUGUCCGGGUCCAUCAUGAGGAUGAAGAUGGAGCUGGAGGAGAAGAAGCGUGUGGUUCUGAUGCUGCAAAACGCUCUGGCCCAGCAGAGGGAGCUGACGGUCCAACACGUGAAGGAGACGGAGAAGGAGCUCAGCCGCAACCUGCAGCUGCAGAAGGACCAGUACGAGGCCACGGUCCAGAGACACCUGGCCUUCAUCGACCAGCUCAUCAGUGACAAAAAGGCGCUGAGCGAGCGAUGUGAGGGUGUGCUGGCCGAGCUGAAGCAGGUGGACCACAAGUACACCAAGAAGAUCUCCCAGAUGGAGGCGCAGCAUGAAAUGGUGUGGCACAUUCUGGGUCCGCUGUGUGAGGAGAUCAAGAAGCUGAAGGAGCUGAUGAGCGUGACGGAGAAGAUCCGGCGAGAGAAGUGGAUCGAUGAGAAGACCAAGAAGAUCAAGGAGAUUACAGUUAAAGGUUUGGAGCCGGAGAUCCAGAAGCUGAUCUGCAAGCACAAGCAGGAGCUGAAGAAGCUGCGCUCGCUGCACCAGGCGGAGCUGCUGCAGGCGGAGCAGCAGGGCAUGCAGACCUGCGCUCGCCAGUGUGAGGAGCUGCGCCAGCAGCUGGAGAAGGAGAAGGAGGAGCAGUGCCAGAAGGAGCGAGAGCUGGCCAGACAGAGCGUGGAGAAGCAGCUUCACGAGGAGGAGGUGUCCCUGCAGCAGCACAGGAGGCGUCUCCACAAGGAGGUGGCCGAGGAGAAGGAGCGGCUGGCGCAGCUGGCGGACAGGCAGCGCUGGGAGAUGGACGAGCUGAGGCGACAGAUGGAGGAGAAUGCCAGCGCCGCUGGGCGCCUCCUCAAAGAGGAGCUGGACAAGACCAGAGAGGAGCAGGCCCGCAGACACCAGGCGGAUAUGGCGGCGCUGCGGGAACACUUUGACCAGGACAAGAUGAACUGGGAGGAGGAGUUCAGGCAGAAGCAGGAGGCGGGGCUUCUAAAACGCCAGCACGAGCUCCGAGAGGAACUGCGUCGCGAACGCGACAAAGAGAUCGAGCUCGCCAUUUGGACGUUGGAGGAGGAGACCAACAAAGACAAGGAGGAGAGCGAGAGGGCGGCCGAAAACAGGGUGAAGCGUGUGAGGGAGACGUACGAGGCGGAGCUGCAGGAGUUGGAGCGCUCUCUGAGGGCGGCGGUGGCCAAGCAGCAGGAGAUGAGGAAACAACAUGCGGAGUCAGAAGAAAGUCUGGUCCAAGUGCAGGAGCUGCUGGCCCAGAAGGAACAGGAAGUGGAACAAGUCACACAGGUCCGUGACCGGCUGCUGGGGGAGCGCCACGGCCUGCACCAGACCAUCCGACAGGACUUUGCUGAGCGUCUGAGGGUGUCGGAGGAGGACAGGCGCAGGAUGAAGGUGGAGGUGUCAGAGGCCCACGCCACAUUGCAGCUGGAGCUGGAAAGGGUGACCAAGGAGAAGGAGGCGGAGCUUGAUGAAGUCCACCAACGAGUGAAGUCAGCCAUCUUGAAAAAAGAAGACACAAUCAACGCUCUGCGAAGGCAGAACGAGGUUGCUGUGAAGAGGGCGGAGCACCUGGAGGCGCUGUGGGAGGAGCAAAGGAGGCAGCUGUUGGAGAAAUGACAGGCCCCGCCCACCCCGUAAAGUAGUUUAUGGCGUCGUCACCCCCCCCCCCCCCGCACCUACGCCUACAUUCACGCUCCAUGUCCAAGAACAUCUGCAGACGUUCCAACCAGCACAGGCAAGUCUGCUGGUGGGCGGGGCCAUCGUGAGUCAUGUGUCCCGGGGGCAGGGGGGCGGGGCUUGUUUGGAGAAUGUCGUCAGAGGGGAGGAGAGUCGAGUAGCGGAUGUGUUGGCGAUGGCGUGGAAGCAGGAAGUAGAUGGAAAAUGUUUGUAGGG